UUUUCUAUUUCCUGUGUUUUCUUUAAUAUACAUAAUGUUUAUUAAAAAUAAAAUAUUUAAAACACUAAACAUUCAUUACAUUAAAAACAAUUACAAGUCCACAAACUGUUCUCAUGUUUGACUGAAAAUUACACUCCAUUGGUAUCUCUUCUCAGUUCUAGUCUUAACUUCCCUGAACAGAAAUUCUUUCCUACUCUCAAAGGCCAGAGUAGGAAGUAGGUAUUGCAGCCAUGUUCACCACCCUCCCCACAGCUGACAACCUGGCCACUCGAGGAGGCUGUCAAAAUCAGGUCUGUGAGGAGGGAAGUCCCAGACAGAACGCGGGCUUCUCCUACCGCCUAGGGCUUUCUGGACAGAGCUGCUUGAAAUCAAUUACUUUUUUCUUCUUCUAAAUAAGCCGCCGAAUGCUCUUUUUCCAGUUCUGGCUGAGUUGUUAGCUUCAGCCCAGUGGUGACGCCUGCCAGGUACCUGGCUCGGUGAACACCGCCCAAACUGGUCAGGCCAGUCCUCCUGUGGAUGUUUCUGCCAGGACUUGCCUGUGUGAGUGUGUGUGAGUGUGUGUGUGUGUUGUUAGAGACCCACCCUUCUCCCCAGCAACCCAGGUAGGUGGAAGGUAGCUUCGGGGACCAGCCUGGCAGUGAAGCCAGAUGGGUGGAGCUGAAUUAAUCUAACCUGGAAUUUCAACUUGGCCUGCACAACAGGCUGCGCGCUGCCUUCUCCAUCAUUCUGACCCGGGAGAGGAAAAGCCAGAGGAGAACCUCCUCACCCUCCCCUGCCCCCGUCACACACCCACCUGCUCACCUCAUGCCUGGGUCCAGGGUGGGUGAGGGUGAAGAGCCCACCCAGCCAAGAUGACCCCUUCUCUGGGGACUGCCGCUGAUGUCCUCCCCCCGAUCCCGGGCCCCGGCAGGUGGGAGAGUGGCCCCCAACUGAGUCCUGUCAGACUGCUGCAGAGGAGGUGAAGCGGGGCUGAGAAGAGGUGCCCGUCCCGCAGCCUGGAGCUACUUGCCUUCACUCUGUAGAUUUUGACUGCUUUAGGAAGAAGGACUUGUUGGUGGCCUUUGCAGGCAGGAAGCUGGACUGUGGCUCUGCCCCAGCACCUAUGCCCCCACCUCUGGCAACGUCAUGAGUCAGUUUCAGGUGCCCCUGGCAGUCCAGCCGGACCUGCCGGGCCUUUAUGACUUCCCUCAGGGCCAGGUGAUGGUAGCGGGCUACCAGGGGCCUGGGCUUCCAGUGGCCGGGAGUGAACCCCAACUCCGAGGGGGUGGAGAUGGGCGGAAGAAGCGGAAACGGUGUGGUACUUGUGAGCCCUGCCGGCGGCUGGAAAACUGUGGGGCUUGCACCAGCUGUACCAACCGCCGCACACACCAAAUCUGCAAACUGCGCAAGUGUGAGGUGCUGAAGAAAAAAGUGGGGCUUCUCAAGGAGGUGGAAAUAAAGGCUGGUGAAGGAGCCGGGCCGUGGGGACAAGGGGCUGCUGUCAAGACAGGCUCAGAGCUCAGCCCAGUUGAUGGACCUGUUCCAGGUCAGAUGGACUCAGGGCCAGUGUACCAUGGGGACUCACGGCAGCUAAGCGCCUCAGGGGCGCCGGUCAAUGGUGCUAGAGAACCUGCUGGACCCAGCCUGCUGGGCGCCGGGAGUCCUUGGCAAGCAGACCAGAAGCCCGGCUGGGACACGGCCCCAGGACCAGCUCACACCGCUCGCCUGGAAGAUGCCCACGACCUGGUGGCCUUUUCGGCUGUGGCCGAAGCUGUGUCCUCUUAUGGAGCCCUUAGCACCCGGCUCUAUGAAACCUUCAACCGUGAGAUGAGUCGUGAGGCUGGGAACAACAGCAGGGGACCCAGGUCUGGGCCCGAGAGCUGCUCUGCCAGCAGUGAAGACCUUGACACGCUGCAGGCGGCGCUGGCCCUCGCGCGGCAUGGCAUGAAACCGCCCAACUGCAACUGCGACGGCCCGGAGUGCCCUGACUACCUCGAGUGGCUGGAGGGGAAGAUCAAGUCUGUGGUCGUGGAGGGAGGCGAGGAGCGGCCUCGGCUCCCAGGGACUCUGCCUUCUGGGGACGCUGGCCUCCCGGCGCCCAUCACUGGGCCACUCCUCAACGCCGAGGUCCCCCAGAUACCUCCUCUGGAGGGCCUGCCCCUGUCCCAGAGUGCCCUGAGCAUCGCCAAGGAGAAAAACAUCAGCCUGCAGACCGCCAUUGCCAUUGAGGCCCUCACACAACUCUCCUCUGCGCUCCCCCAACCUCCUCACGCCACCUCCCAGGCUUCUUGCCCCCUUCCCGAGGCCUUGUCCCCUCCUGCCCCUUUCAGAUCUCCCCAAUCCUACCUCCGGGCUCCCUCGUGGCCUGUGGGCCCUCCUGAAGAGCACCCGUCCUUUGCUCCUGACGGCCCUGCCUUCCCUGCAGCAACUCCGAGAACAGAGUUUCCUGAGGCCUGGGGCACCGACACCCCACCGGCAACUCCCCAGAGCUCGUGGCCCAUGCCUCGCCCAAGCCCUGACCCCAUGGCUGAACUGGAGCAGUUGCUGGGCAGUGCCAGCGAUUACAUCCAGUCAGUAUUCAAAAGGCCCGAGGCCCUGCCCACCAAGCCCAAGGUCAAGGUUGAGGCGCCGUCGUCCUCCCCGUCCCCCGUUCUCCAGAGGGAGGCGCCCACCCCGUCCUCGGAGCCUGACACCCACCAGAAGGCCCAGACGGCCCUGCAGCAGCAUCUCCACCAUAAGCGCAGUCUCUUCCUGGAACAGGCCCACGACGCCUCCCGCCCGCCGCCCUCCGAGCUUCCUGCUCCUGGCUGGUGGGCGCCACCCAGCUCACCUGCCCCUCGGCCUGCCGACAGACCACCCAAGGAGAAGAAGAAGAAGCCCCUGGCACCGGCUGGAGGCCCUGUGGGAGCCGACAGAGCUGGCCCUGGGGUCAAGCCCGGUGUCCGGAAGCCCGUUCACAUCAAGAAGUCCAGGCCACGAGAAGCGCAGCCCCUCUUCCCGCCUCUGCGGCAGAUCGUCCUGGAAGGACUGAGGCCCCCAGCUUCUGAGGAUGUGCAGGCUCACCCACCUGCCCCCGUCCCCACCUCACAGGGCUCUGUUGUCCCCCUACCCCCAGAACCUUCUCUUGCGCUAUUUGCACCUAGUCCCUCCGGGGACAGCCUGCUGGCCCCUACUCAGGAAAUGAGGUCUCCCAGCCCCGUGGCAGCCCUGCACCCAGGCUCCACUGGCCCUCUUCCCCCUGCUGACGACAAGCUGGAAGAGCUCAUCCGGCAGUUUGAGGCUGAAUUUGGGGAUAGCUUUGGGCUUCCUGGCCCCCCGUCUGUGCCCAUUCAGGACCCUGAGAACCAGCCAACUUGUCUCCCAGCCCCCGAGAGCCCUUUUGCUACCCGCUCUCCCAAGCAAAUCAAAAUCGAAUCUUCAGGGGCUGUGACUGUGCUCUCAACCACCUGCUUCCAUUCAGAGGAGGGAGGCCAGGAGGCCACACCCACCAAGGCCGAGAACCCACUCACACCCACCCUCAGUGGCUUCCUGGAGUCGCCUCUCAAGUACCUGGACACACCCACCAAGAGUCUGCUGGACACACCCGCCAAGAGAGCCCAGGCCGAGUUCCCCACCUGUGAUUGUGUGGAACAAAUAGUGGAGAAAGAUGAAGGUCCAUAUUAUACUCAUCUGGGAUCUGGCCCCACAGUAGCCUCCAUCCGGGAACUCAUGGAGGAGCGGUACGGAGAGAAGGGGAAAGCCAUCCGGAUCGAGAAGGUCAUCUACACGGGGAAGGAAGGGAAGAGCUCACGUGGCUGCCCCAUCGCAAAGUGGGUGAUCCGCAGGCACACGCUGGAAGAGAAGCUGCUCUGCCUGGUGCGGCACCGGGCGGGACACCACUGCCAGAAUGCCGUGAUCGUCAUCCUCAUCCUGGCCUGGGAGGGCAUCCCCCGCAGCCUCGGAGACACCCUCUACCAGGAGCUCACCGACACCCUCCGGAAGUACGGGAACCCCACCAGCCGGAGAUGUGGCCUCAACGAUGACCGGACCUGCGCUUGCCAAGGCAAAGACCCAAACACCUGUGGUGCCUCCUUCUCCUUCGGUUGUUCCUGGAGCAUGUACUUCAAUGGCUGCAAAUAUGCUCGGAGCAAAACUCCUCGCAAGUUCCGCCUCGCAGGGGACAACCCCAAAGAGGAAGAAGUGCUCCGGAAGAGUUUCCAGGACCUGGCCACCGAAGUUGCUCCCCUGUACAAGCGGCUGGCGCCCCAGGCCUAUCAGAACCAGGUGACCAAUGAGGAAAUAGCGAUUGAUUGCCGUCUGGGGCUGAAGGAAGGGCGGCCCUUCUCGGGGGUCACGGCCUGCAUGGACUUCUGUGCCCACGCCCACAAGGACCAGCAUAACCUCUACAAUGGGUGCACAGUGGUCUGCACCCUGACCAAGGAAGACAAUCGCUGCGUGGGCAAGAUCCCCGAGGACGAGCAGCUGCACGUGCUCCCCCUGUACAAGAUGGCCAGCACGGACGAGUUUGGCAGUGAGGAGAACCAGAACGCCAAGGUGGGCAGCGGGGCCAUCCAGGUGCUCACCGCCUUCCCCCGCGAGGUCCGGCGCCUGCCUGAGCCUGCCAAGUCCUGCCGCCAGCGGCAGCUUGAAGCCAGGAAGGCAGCAGCCGAGAAGAAGAAGGUUCAGAAGGAGAAGCUGAGCACUCCUGAGAAGAUCAAGCAGGAGGCCCUGGAGCUGGCUGGCAUCACCACUGACCCAGGCCUUUCUCUGAAGGCUGGAUUGUCCCAGCAAAGCCUGAAACCCUCCCUCAAGGUGGAGCCGCAGAACCCCUUCAGCUCCUUCAAGUACAGCGGCAACACGGUGGUGGAGAGCUACUCGGUGCUGGGCAGCUGCCGGCCCUCCGACCCCUACAGCGUGAACAGCGUGUACUCCUACCACUCCUACUAUGCACAGCCCGGCCUGGCCUCCGUCAACGGCUUCCACUCCAAGUACGCGCUUCCGUCGUUCAGCUACUACGGCUUUCCAGCCAGUAACCCGGUCUUCCCCUCUCAGUUCCUGGGUGCUGGUGCCUGGGCGCACAGUGGCAGCAGCAGCAGUUUUGAGAAGAAGCCAGACCUCCACGCUCUGCACAACAGCCUGAGCCCAGCCUACGGUGGUGCUGAGUUUGCCGAGCUGCCUGGUCAGGCUGUUCCCACAGACACCCACCACCCCGCUUCUCACCACCAGCAGCCUGCUUAUCCAGGCCCCAAGGAGUAUCUGCUUCCGAAGGCCCCCCAGAUCCACCCAGUGUCCAGGGACCCCUCUCCUUUUGCACAGAGCUCCAAUUGCUACAACAGAUCCAUCAAGCAAGAGCCAGUAGAUCCACUGGUCCACACUGAAUCUGUAUCCAGAGAGCCUAGCAAGAUGGGCAAAACACCUUUGCCUGAGGCAUCUCAGAACGGGGGCCCCAGUCAUCUAUGGGGACAGUACUCAGGAGGCCCAAGCAUGUCCCCCAAAAGGACUAACGGCGUGGGUGGCAGCUGGGGUGUGUUCCCUCCUGUGGAGAGCCCCACCGUUAUCCCUGAUAAGCUCGGUUCUUUUGGGGGUGCCUGCCUGACCCCUUCCCACUUCUCUGAUGGCCAGCAUCAGUGGGGGUUGUUUCCUGGCGAGGGACAGCAGCCGGCCCCCCAGCCUGGAGGACGGCUGCGAGGCAAGCCGUGGAGCCCCUGCAAGUUUGGAAGCAACGCCUCGGCCUUGGCUGGGCCCGGCCUGACUGAGAAGCCCUGGGGGGUAGGGGCAGGGGAUUUCAGCUCCGCCCUGAAAGGUGGGCCUGGAUUCCAAGACAAGCUGUGGAGCCCCUUGAAAGGGGAGGAGGGGAGGAUUCCAACCCCGGGGGUGAGCCAGCUGGACAAAGCCUGGCAGUCCUUCGGCAUGCCCCUGGGCCCCAGUGAGAAGCUGUUUGGGGCCCUGAAGUCCGAGGAGAAGCUGUGGGAUCCCUUCAGCCUGGAGGAGGGGACAGCAGAGGGGCCCCCUAACAAGGGGCCGGUGAAGGAGGAGAAGGGCAGCGGGGGCGGCACCGGUGGAGCGGAGGAGGAGGAGGAGCUGUGGUCGGACAGCGAACACAACUUCCUGGACGAAAACAUCGGUGGCGUGGCCGUGGCCCCCGCUCACGGCUCCAUCCUCAUCGAGUGUGCCCGGCGGGAGCUGCACGCCACCACGCCCCUCAAGAAGCCCAACCGCUGCCACCCCACCCGCAUCUCGCUGGUCUUCUACCAGCACAAGAACCUCAACCAGCCCAACCACGGGCUGGCGCUCUGGGAGGCCAAGAUGAAGCAGCUGGCGGAGAGGGCGCGGGCACGACAGGAGGAGGCCGCCCGGCUGGGCCUGGGCCAUCAGGAGGCCAAGCUCUAUGGGAAGAAGCGCAAGUGGGGGGGCGCCGUGGUCCCCGAGUCCCAGCAUAAGGAGAAGAAGGGGAUGGUCCCCACCCGGCAGGCGCUGGCCAUGCCCACGGACUCAGCGGUCACCGUGUCCUCCUAUGCCUACACGAAGGUCACCGGCCCCUACAGCCGCUGGAUCUAGGUGCCAGGGAGCCAGCGUACCUCAGCGUCGGGCCCGGCCCGAGCUGCCUCUGUGGUGCUUUCGCCCUCACACCUGGGGGCGGGUUGGGGGUGCAGAAGUCUUUUUAUCUAUAUAUACAUAUAUAGAUACGCAUAUAUAUGUAUUUAUGGUCCAAACCUCAGAACUGACCCGCCCCUCCCUUCCCCCCCCCACCCCCACUUCCCCAGCACUUUGAAGAAGAAACUACGGCUGUCGGGUGAUUUUUUUCGUGAUCUUAAUAUUUAUAUCUCCACAUUGGUUUUUUCCCUCCCUUGUUCGGGGGGGCUUUUAUUUUCUCUUGUUUUUAAAACUCUAUCCUUGUAUAUCACAAUAAUGGAAAGAAAAUUUAUAGUGUCCUUUCACAAAGGAGUAGUUUUAAAUUCCAUUUAAAAUGUGUAUUUAUUGGAUUUUUUUUAAAGUGACAAUUGUAAUGGUAAAGGAUCGGCAGGAAAGGCCAGAAGCACUCAUUCCUGCCCAGGUGUGCUGGGCCCGGUGAGCCUGGCCCUCUUGGGAGAUGACGAGGUUCUCUCAGCCAUCGGCCCCUCAUGAGCCAAGUGCAGGUCGUAGCCACCCACUGCAUCCCCCUGACAGACACGCCUUCCCUUCAGGGGAGGGAGCCCUCAGGACAGCUUCUGUCCUCUUCAGUAGGAUGGGAGAAUCUGUAGAAAAACCCCUGGGGUCCCUUUUCCAGUCACCGGCUUGGAGUCGGGUAUGGGGGGGCAGGCGCACCCCAGGCCAGGCACCCGAGAUGCUGGCAUAGAUCUCCCCCGAAACCAGGUUGGAAGUAGAUAGCUUCAAGCUUGCUAGUCUCCACACUGAAUCCUCUCUGUCCGUUAGCUAUCAAGUCACGUGGUACCGUGGUCCCCUCGGCAGCACCUCCGGACGGAGCUGGAAUCGAGAGGUUCUCAGGAGCCUUUUCCCACCAAGCUGACUAGCCAAUGAAUACUGGCUGAAGGAAUUUGUCUUAGUGGCAGGUUUUAAAAAAAAAAAAAAAUGCCUCCAAAGUCGAUGCUGAUACCGAAAAGGGCUACUGUAUCUUUAAGAACAAGAAGUCGAACCCAAGCUGUGAAAAGCCGAGCCUGGUGCUGUAGUGCUCUGCUGGGCCUCCUUGAUCGGGGGCAGGCCGCCGGCGGGACUCCGCACAGCAGUGAGACGGCUGUAACGCAUCUCCUUAUCCCUGGAUCUCACAUUGGACAAUGGUGCAUGCCUCACACCUGAGCCCACCCCUCCAUGCUACCAUUUGAGGAGUGGGCCUACACUUAACAAUUUUUAAAUGCAAGAGUCAAACAUUUUCAGCAGGUAGCUAUGAUUUUCCUCCCUAAUUGGUGCCAUUUCUCUAUUUGGUCAUUUUCUCCUUUCCUUCAUUCCUCCCCUCUCCACCCACUUGAACAUGCCCAUUCUAAAAUUCUGGUGCAUUCGUUCAGUUCUUUGAAAUGAGAAUGUGGUGCUUAAUUUUUUUGACACUUGUUGAGAGAGGUUGGGCCUGACAGGUAGGAAGCAACAUUCGUCGACAGCACGUCAGACUUCUUGGAGUGUGUGUUUUUCCUGUGGUAUUAGCAGAAAUGAUGUCCAGCUACCCAUGUGGAUGUAUGUGGUGCGUGAGAGGCUUCAUAAGGACACAGAGGGGAAUAUGGCCACACAGUGAUUGACAGCCAAACCCUGAGAUAAACAUCAGAUAUUUAUUGAGCAGUUUUAUUCAGAUGUGGGUCUUCAUAUGAGUUUAACAAUCAGAUGACGAUGCUAAAGGCAAGUUCCUGAGCUUCCAGGUGCCUUGUGUAAGAGCUGAGAAUCGACCCGCUGGGUGUUUACUGUAACUGUUCCAGCAGCACUGGCGGAGACUCGCUUGAGAUGUCCUGAGCAUUUAUGUGGUCUGGUUUUAAUUGUAAAUAGUGAAAAAAAAUUUUUAAGCACUUUUGCCUAGAUUUAAACAGCAACUUGAAAAAAGUAUGUUUUAACAUGUAAUUGUGGGAGAAAUUGUAAAUAGUAGCUGAAUAUUUAACGUGCUUUGUCUAGCCUUCACUUUUACCAUAUUCUGUAAAGUUGCAUUUAUUUUACAGGACAAAAAUGAAAUAUUAUUGCUUUUGAAAUAAAUACCCAAGAGCUUAUCAGGAUUUCGAAUUAUUCAGAACUCAGAUUUAUAGGAAAACCUCUGACCUUCAGUUUGACAAGCUAAAGGAAGCAGAGUCUUUAAUGAGCAUGCUGAUUUUCUAGUUUUGAGGAAAAGUUGGGUCCUUUAAAUGCUAUUUUGCUUAACGCAUCAGUACUUUUAUGCAGGUCUCAUUUGACUCCGUGCUUAGGUAGAUGCGGGGGUGCCUUGAAAACUUCAUUUUAAAUUAUCUUAAACAAGAAAUACAAUAUUUUACAAAACAUUUGGAGAAUGUGACCGUCUGUAUGACCCGGGAAAGCCCCAGGUUGGCUGUUGGUUUGGAAGGUCCCGCGUGUAACCCAGGUGAUUCUGAUACUUGGCAUGUAUGAAUCUCCUUGAUGUGUGUUCAAUAGACUCUUCCCCUCAUCACCCUUUGGUAGCAAAGCCAUUAGAUGAAAGGAGAAACCAAUACAAUCUAAAAGCAUGUGAUGUCUGUCCCCCCACAACCCAAACAGCCUUUGGUUCAUAAAUUCUAGAUUAGCAAAUAGGCUGCUGAGAAGUGAGUCAAGAGGCAGUCUCCAUUGGAUGUACCCAUGCCCUCCAGAACGGUGUUUCAGAGAUUAGGUGGUGCUGUUGCCAUGCUCAAGCCCAUGCUGAUUUUUACACACUACAUGUAUAACCUACCUCAAAUCUCAGUCAUUAAAUUAGCAUGCUUUAGACGUAUGUUUAAAAAGUAACUAUGCACAGCUCUUUAUCCCCUCCCC